GAGGGCUGUGCAAAACUUAUCCGUAAUAAUUCCUUAACUUUCAAACAUUAUAGAGAAAACACACUAAAAUACGUCUGUGGGGAGAAUAGGAACCGACAUGGUCAAUGUGAACACUCUGGUUAGCACCCAUAUGGAUCUACCAUAUGGCAUUAAGGGAUUAGGCGAGCUGCCGGUCAGCGUGUGUGCUGCAGUGAGAACAGUGGCUCCCACAUUCACGGAUACACACAGAGGACCGAAUGGGCAGGCGGUUGUGUGGAGGAGGUUGAGGAGCAGGGGCCUGCCAGCAGUCAGGAACACAAAGUGCAGGAUGUAUGAAGAACAUGGGCACUUCAACAUCACGCCAGACUCCUCACCUGCUGAGAGUGCCAACAUGAAUGCUGCCAACCACUUAGGGGCAGGAACCACAUGUGCCAUCUGUGGAGACCGGGCCACAGGCAAGCACUAUGGAGCCUCCAGCUGUGACGGCUGCAAAGGCUUCUUCAGACGCAGCGUACGCAAAAACCACAUGUACUCCUGCAGGUUCAACAGACAGUGCAUAGUGGACAAAGACAAGAGAAAUCAGUGUCGAUACUGUAGACUAAAGAAGUGCUUUCGAGCAGGGAUGAAGAAAGAAGCUGUGCAGAAUGAAAGAGACAGGAUUAGCACUAGAAGAUCCAGCUAUGAAGACAGCAGCUUGCCCUCCAUUAAUGCACUCAUUCAAGCUGAUGUCCUUUCUAGACAGAUCUCAUCACCAGGACCUAUCAUGAAUGGUGACAUCAGAACGAAAAAGGUAGCCACUAUAACCGAUGUCUGUGAGUCUAUGAAACAACAGCUGUUGGUGCUGGUGGAAUGGGCCAAAUACAUCCCUGCUUUCUGCGACCUCCCCCUGGAUGAUCAGGUGGCUUUACUGCGUGCUCAUGCCGGAGAGCAUCUCUUGCUAGGAGCUGCUAAACGUUCCAUGCUGUAUAAAGACAUUUUACUAUUAGGUAAUGAUCAUAUUAUUCUUCGAAACUGCCCCGAGUUGGAGGUUAGCCGUGUGGCUGUAAGGAUCCUGGACGAGUUAGUUCUUCCCUUCCAGGAUCUUCAGAUCGAUGACAAUGAAUAUGCCUGCUUGAAGGCCAUUGUAUUCUUCGAUCCAGAUGCCAAAGGUUUAAGUGAUCCAGGCAAGAUCAAGCGUAUGCGAUACCAAGUUCAAGUUAGUCUGGAAGACUACAUUACCGAUCGCCAGUACGAUUCGCGGGGACGGUUCGGCGAGCUGCUUCUUCUGUUGCCAACACUACAGAGUAUCACCUGGCAAAUGAUCGAGCAAAUCCAGUUUGUUAAACUGUUUGGAAUGGCAAAGAUAGACAACCUGCUGCAAGAGAUGCUUUUGGGAGGUUCAGCAAAUGAAGCCCCUCAUGCCCACCACUCUCUACACCCACAUCUGGUCCAGGAGCAUCUUAGUAACAAUGUCAUUGUUACCACCAACAUGGCCACUCCAAUUCACAAUGGCCAGAUGUCCACUCCAGAAACUCCAAUCCCAUCUCCCCCCACGGCCUCAGGUUCUGAUCACUACAAAAUGGCUCCAGGAGUUAUAGCCACAGUGCCCAAGCAGCACAGCUCCAUCCCUCAACCAACCAUCACUAAACAAGAGGCGAUCUGACUGCUCUAGGAGAAAUACAGCUCAUGGAUUUUAAGAAUUGUGUUUUUUUUGUACAAUAGUACUUUUAAUAGGCAAUAGGUUGUCUCAUAGACAUUGGAGACAGUAAAAUGAUAUUUAUAGCUGUUAAAGAUUUUAGGAAAGACACUGUUAAGAGUUAAAAAGGUCUAUUUUUAAGUACUUUUUGGGACUCUUUUUUUCUUAAAUGAGAGUGAUGACACUUACCCAAAUCCAGGUCUAGCAAAGUUAAAAACUAAUUGUCAGUAGACCAAAAUUGAGUUUUAAGUUAAAAACUUAAGGUGUGCAUAAAAACAUGGUAUAAUUAAGCUUUUUUGUAAUGUACUGUGUAUGUCCAUUCCAUCUCAUUUGUUGGCUGUAUGUAUUUUUAAAACUAGUGGUGCAUAUUUAUACUACCCAAGGAGUCAUAAUAGUUUUCAAAUAGUCAAACAUGCCCAUAGAAAGGCUAUGCAAGUAUUUUUUUUUCUUUCAGGAGUUUGAGUUCCAUAUAUGUUACAGCAGGCCUCUUAUCUGAAUGUGAUCAGAUGUUUGUUCUAUUGUACAGUUUUUUAAUAGCUUGCUACAAAAGACUGACUCUUAUAGUACUUUUGCAGUAACUCAAUAGGAUGCAUAAAAUUUUGUGCCUUGGAAAUAUUGCUAUUUACCAAAAUGCUGGUAAUUAUUUUAUGUAUGUUAACAGUAUGUGCAUUUCAUAUGUUUCUAUAGGUGCCAUACUUAAAUUGUACAUAUAAUGAUUUCUUUUUUUUUUCUUUUUCAUAAAAGUGUUUAGUCUGUUUUAUGUUAUUCAGUAAAUGAGAGCUAAAAAAACAAACAAAAAAAAAAAAAAAACAUAGGUAAAAAUGAAAAAAGAAAUUUGGUCUCCUCUUCAACCCCUUAACUGUGACUAUUGAGUGAUACAUAUGUCUGCAUUCAGUGUAUUUUAGGAGAGAAUGUCACACUUUAUUCAUAACUAGUUUUAAAUGUUGGUCUUACCUAUUUACAAUUACCACCUUCAGGCAGAAGGAUAAUUUUAAACUUAUAAUGUGAACUGAUUUUAAAUACCAAUGUUAUAUUUUUACAUAAAAGUGUGCUGUUGUUUAUUUUCUUCCAUAUCUUUAAAGUUACAUUUUUGAACAUUCAUAAAUAAAAUAAUUUAAAUAGGUAUAGCAUAAAUGUUAAAAUAAGAUCCACUAUGAUUUCCGUGGGUGGUCUGAACAAAUAGCUAAUGAUGAAACGGAGUAAUAAUUUCUUAAUAAUUGCAUGCCUUGCCAAUUGGGACACAUUGGCCUACUUUUAUAUAGUUCAAAUGUGGACAUUAUCAAAUGUCCUUCAUUAUGGCAAAACAAAAAAUUGUCCAGAGGAACUUUUAAGGCUCAAUGAUGAAACGGAGUAAUAAUUUCUUAAUAAUUGCAUGCCUUGCCAAUUGGGACACAUUGGCCUACUAUUAUAUAGUUCAAAUUUGGACAUUAUCAUAUGUCCUUCAUUAUGGCAAAACAAAAAUUUGUCCAGAGGAACUUUUAAGGCUUAUAAUUGCCUCAGUAAACCAGCUUCAAAACAAGAUGAUAAAAGUGAGUGUACGUGGCAAAGCAGGUCAAGGAUUUUUAGGGCUGGGGACGUGUGCGCUACUCUACACUGAUAACAGACAAUAAAACAAUUCAUGAUCCGGGCUCCUUCACCGAUAGUUUCUCUUAAGAAAUAUUUGUCAGGAGAUGAUGUAACCAGAUGCGUCAAUCAAUUUUAGUCGCAUCUAUAAUUCCAUAAACCAGAAUUAAGGUAUAAUUCCAAUGUAAAAGCUGUGUUGUGUUUCGUAGCUUUUCCGUACACUUAAUUUGUAUUGGGGCCGUUAACACCGAAAUAAGCACCACGAACAAAGGUGUCUCGAGAUGCGUUUUAAUAUUUCAAGUCCUUUUAAAUUUUUUUAACAAGGUGUGAAAACACACAGGAAUGGUCUGGCUGCAGACAUGCAGAUGCACUCUCAGACACAUGCGCUGUCAGACUCACACAUGCGCUCUUUGCUGUAAUGUCACAUGCACUCGCUAUGUCAAAACCAGAAAUAAGUGGACAGAAAUCUAAUGAAUGACGUUACCUUUACAAAGGCCUUGUCCCAAUAUCCCCACUUGUGGUUUUGGUCUUGCCUACUUACCCACUUGUCUUUCCGGUGUUUGGCCACUAGUGUGCAAGUAGAUGUGAAGACUGCGAGUGUGCGGAUGACUUUUGAUUGCACGUUAGGAUGCUCGAGUCGUAGACUUAACGAUGUUGGUGCUGGUUGCGACAGCUCUUUGAGUUUCUUCACUCAGCUGAAGGCUGAUUGUUUUUGGUAGUGGUGACUCUUAUAGCCUACUUAAAAUAAUAAAUAACUGAACAUUUUACCCAUCUUUUCAUUUAUUAUUACACUGGUACAUACAUACUGGUUGUUGGAAGUGUAUUGUACUGUAGAAAAUAUGUAUGCACAUUUUUUAUAAUGUUUUUAUUGUGUGAAAAUAAUUGUAAAAGUUAAUUAUUUUUACUCAUUUUGAUUUUCAAUACUUUGCACAUUAAAAACUGUUUAACUGUAAAAUUCCGUUGUCCAUAACUGCUGUAAAAUAUGAAAUAUAAGCAAUUUCUUUCUAC